CGGGGCAGUCACACCAACUCACACGCAAGCGUCAGCGCCGUGUACGAGUAUCAGGACGUGCACUCGAUCCACAUCUCGGACAUGCACAUCCUCGGCGGGGGCGCGUUCUUGUUCGACCUGUCUGGGCCGUGGCCGCUCCCGCUGCGCACCAAUGGCAAGCCCGACUUCCGGAUGCUAUAUGAAAUUUCAGGGUACUUUGAGCCUGACCACUUCAGUGGUGAGGUGGGCGUGCAGAUGUAGUAUAUCACCUUGAGAAUGUGUCCAGUAAUGUACAGCUGUGUCGGUGAUUUGAUGCUUAGCUACCUUAGUAUACUACCUUCGCCUUGGAG